AUGGAGUUUGUGUCUGGAUACCGGGAUGAGUUCCUGGAUUUCACUGCCCUCCUCUUUGGCUGGUUUCGCAAGUUUGUGGCAGAUCGUGGGGUUGUGGGAGCCAGCUCUGAGGGCCGUUGGAGACAGCUGGAGGCUCAAAUCAGAAGGCUGCCCCAGGACCCUGCCCUUUGGGUGCUCCAUGUCUUGCCCAACCAUACUGUGGGCAUCAGCCUGGGACAAAGGGCAGAACCAGGUCCUGGAUCAGGCCUAGGGGUUGCCCGUCUCUUAGGAGAGGAGCUCCCACUCCAUCUGCAAGACCUGAGCCCCUAUGUCAGCCUUGUCAGCCUGGAGGAUGGGGAGGAAGGGGAGGAGAAAGGGGAGGAUGAGGGUGCAGACCCAGAGAAGAUGAAACCAGAGGAGGAUGGGGACCCAGCCACUGCCAGCAGAGAGUCCCCGCAGGAAGCAAGCCCUCCAGGAGAGCCAGAGGACACUGAGCAGGAGGCAGGAAUCUGUAAGGAUGGCUGCAGAGAGGACAGGGCAGAGGACAAAACGAGGCCUGAGAAGAGGAAGGGACUGAGAAGUGAGGCCGCCCCCCUGCAUGUUUCCUGCCUCUUACUGGUGACAGAUGAACAUGGCACCAUCUUGGGCAUUGACCUCCUAAUGAAUGGAGCCCGGGGGAGUACAGGCCGGGGCUCAGGAAUAGAGAACCUGGCUUCUCGGGCCUACGCUCUCCUCUGCCACAGCAUGGCCUGCCCCAUGGGAUCUGGGGACCCCCGAAAGCCCCGACAGCUUACUGUGGGAGACACCCAGCUCCACCGAGAGCUGAAGAGCCUGGUCCCCAGGGUGGGAGUGCAGUUAGCCAAAGCUCCGAUGCGGACGUGGGGCCCCCGGCCAGGUUUCACCUUUGCCUCCCUUCGGGCUCGAACCUGCCAUGUUUGUCACAAGCACAGCUUUGAGGUGAAGCUGACACCCUGCCCCCAGUGUCGUGCCGUCUUGUACUGCGGAGAAGCUUGUCUCCUGGCCGACUGGCGGCGAUGCCCAGAUGAUGUAAGCCACCGAUUCUGGUGCCCGAGGCUUGCAGCCUUCAUGGAGCGGGCAGGAGAGCUGGCAACCUUGCCUUUCACCUACACAGCAGAGGUGACCAGUGAAACUUUUAAUAAGGAGGCCUUCCUGGCCUCCCGGGGCCUCACUCGCGGCUACUGGACCCAGCUCAGCAUGCUGAUUCCAGGCCCCGGCGUGCCCAGACACCCCAGGAGCAACACACCAUCCCUCAGCCUUCUCAGUGGAGAUCCCUACCAGCUUCUCCAGGGGGAUGGGCCUACUUUGAUGCCUUCUGCGCCCCCAGAUCCACCCAAGAGUCUCUUUGGCUCCUGGCAAGAUUACUACCAGUGGCGAGGUCUCAACUUGGACUGCCCCAUGGCUGUGCUUCUCACCUACCCACUGACUGUGUACUACGUCAUCACCCACCUGGUGCCCCAGUCCUUCCCUGAGCUCAACAUCCAGAACAAACAGUCCCUGAAGAUCCACGUGGUGGAGGCUGGGAAGGAGUUUGAUCUCGUCAUGGUAUUCUGGGAGCUUUUGGUCCUGCUUCCCCAUGUGGCCCUGGAACUGCAAUUUGUGGGUGACGACCUGCCCCCUGAGAAUGACCAGCAGCAUUUUACCCUUCAGAGGGAUGAGCCUGAAGUGUCUGUCCGCACUGGUUCUGGGCUAUCAGCCCGGCUCAGCUCUGGGACUAAGGAGAAGGGGGGCCGCAGGAACCUGCAGAUCAAGGUGUCAGCACGGCCCUACCACGUGCUUCAGGGGCCCAAGCCAGACCUGGUUAUCGCUUCUUUCUCCUCUCCUCCUGCAGGAUUUAACUCCGGGUUUGCUCUCAAGGACACUUGGCUGAGCUCUCUGCCUCGGUUACAGUCCCUCCGAGUGCCGGCCUUCUUCACCGAGAGUAGUGAGUACGGCUGCAUGAUGGACGACCAGAUCAUGGCAGUGGCCACAGGAGGGGGCACCAGCCCUCCACAGCCCAACCCUUUCCGCUCCCCUUUUCGCCUCAGAGCAGCAGACAACUGCAUGCCCUGGUACUGCAAUGCCUUCAUCUUCCACCUGGUCUACAAGCCCACGCAAGGGAGUGGGGCUCGCCCGGCGCCGGGUCCCGCGGCCCGCGCACCAACUCCUGCGGCUCCUCCCGCUCCCGCCCGAAGGCGCCGAGGAGAGAAGAAGCCUGGGCGGUGGGCGCGCAGGCGGAGAUGA